UACGUGUUUCGUCUGCUCGUUAAGUUCCAAGUGUUAUUUGAUUGUGUUAGAUCAUAAUUCAUCGAUUUGUUUUCAGCACUACUUUAUAUUGUACUGAAAAAUAGUGUACGAUCAUACAUUAAAUAUACUUUGACUGAAAAAAUUAACCAAAUCAUGUCUACCAUUAUUAAGAAAACUACUGGUUUAACUGGCCUUGAACCUAAUUCUAAUGCUCGUCGAUCGUUGUCUAUAACUUAUGGUAAAAUCAUUCGAUUGUUAGAGAAGUUGCCCGAAAAUUAUUUAUACAAACAAUAUACCAAAAAUUUAAUACAGAGUCGAUCUGAAAUUAUUAAUAAGACGCAGUCUACCACUGAGAUUGAAGAUAAAAUUGGAUGUGGUCAAAUUGAAGAGUUAUUAAUACAAGCUGAUAAUGAGUUGAAACUCCUGCGAGAUACAAUGCAAUGGCAAUCUUGGAAGUCUCCUACUAAUCUAAAUAUUGAAAAUCAAUGGUCAUGGCCACCUUGCAAAUAGAAAAAUAAUUUUAAAACUUGAUAAGUUUUAAAAUUAAAAAUGUAUUCCAUAGAAUAUCUUAUUCCCGCUUAUUAUACUUUGAUUCGUUAUAUUGUAAAUUUUAUUUUAAAAUAGCCAAUACUAAAUUGUUUAAACUCGAUACGAAA